AAAGCGAUGAGUAUCACAAUCGCAGAUUCACUGCAUUAUUUCACACUAAAAACUUUCUUGUUUAUUCUUUAUACCUUUUCUACUUCCAGAAAGGUCCUACUACUUCAACAGCUCAUUGAUUACCAACAUCAACACCUCAUUCUCUCUCUUCAAUUCAUCGCUGUUUCUCACUUUCUCUCUCCUCUAGAUCGGCGAAAUUUCGCUACUCUAAGAUGCCGUCACGAAGGAGAACACUCUUGAAGGUCAUAAUUCUCGGCGACAGCGGAGUGGGGAAGACCUCUUUGAUGAACCAAUAUGUGAAUAAGAAGUUCAGCAAUCAAUACAAGGCCACUAUAGGUGCUGAUUUCUUGACCAAGGAAGUGCAGUUUGAUGACCGGCUUUUCACAUUACAGAUAUGGGAUACAGCUGGACAGGAAAGAUUCCAGAGUCUAGGUGUUGCUUUCUACCGAGGUGCAGAUUGUUGUGUUCUUGUAUAUGAUGUCAACUCUAUGAAGUCGUUUGAUAAUCUGAAUAAUUGGAGGGAAGAAUUUCUCAUACAGGCUAGUCCUUCAGAUCCAGAUAACUUCCCCUUUGUCGUCAUAGGAAACAAAAUUGAUGUUGAUGGUGGAAACAGCAGAGUGGUUCCUGAGAAAAAGGCUCGGGCUUGGUGUGCUUCAAAGGGUAAUAUUCCUUACUUUGAGACCUCUGCAAAGGAGGCCUUGAAUGUUGAGGAGGCUUUCCAGUGUAUAGCAAAAAAUGCCCUGAAGAGUGGUGAAGAAGAAGAGAUAUAUCUGCCGGACACAAUCGAUGUUGGAAAUAGCAGUCAGGCGAGGUCAAGUGGAUGCGAGUGUUAAAAUAUCUGUUUUAUCUUUCUUCCCCUCCUGUUUUCAUUUUUUUAGGAGCUGUGCAAUAAGUAUCUAUUUAAGAACUAAAGAAAUGUAGUGUUUGUGAGUUUUGGUUCGGAUAGCUUAUUUCAUACUGAAUGAAACAGUUCUGUAUAUUACAAUUCUUUUUUUCCUGGAUAUUACAAUUCUUUAUCUGGUGGAGACAAUUACAAUAAGUCACUUUGAUACUGUUAUAAUGAUCA